AUGGUCCAUGACCUAGUGAGUUCUCAACAGCACAUGCAAAACAACUUGCUGGCAAACAAUGACGUGGUCCACAAGCUCCAGGAUGCUCAGCAGGAACACAAGGCCGCGAUGGAUCUGAUGUCAAAGCAAUUAUCUCAGAUCACAACGUCCCUGAGCGACAUGCGAGGAAAUGAAGGGAGGAUUCCAGCCUCAGUAAAGCCACCAGAAAGGGAAAAUAUCAGCCAAGUUACCCUGAGAUCCGGGAAAGCAUAUGAAGGACCCAAGCUGAAGGUAAAUGAUGAAAUGCCAGUGCCGAUGAGCGAAGAUGUUAUCCACCCGGUCCAGCAAAAAGAAGAAGUUAGAGCAGAGGAUGAUAUCCAAGCCGGUGACUUGGGAGGAUCGUUACCUCGGAUGGCUGACCCAUUUUUCUUAGACCCGGAGCCUGAGGUAGAAACUGAAAAAGAGAAAGGAGAGGCGAAAAAGCCCUCUAAGGAAGAUCCGACCAACGUAGCAAAGAGGAUUAAACCUUUCCCCUACCGAGGGGAUGCCAAGAAGAAAAAGGACAACCCCGUGGAUUUCAUGGAGAUCUUUGGAAAGUUGGAGAUCAAUCUCCCGUUCCUGGAGGCUAUGAAGCUGCCCCUGUUCAGCAAAUUCAUUAAGGAGUUCAUUGUGGGCAAGGCAAAAUCCGAUGGAAAGAUCGUGAUCGGGGAGAAUGUAUCUGCAGUAAUUCAAAAGAGGAUAAUGCCGUCGAAGCAAACUGACCUAGGUAUGUUUACCUUACCUAUCACUAUAGGAGGUGUCAGAGUCGAGCAUGCUAUGUGUGAUCUAGGUGCAUCUAUUAAUGUGUUACCGUUUUCCAUAUAUAAAAAACUGGUAGGAGCAAGAAUGACUGAUACGAAAGUGGUGAUCCAGUUAGCUAAUAGAUCAUGCAUUAGCCCUGAAGGAGUGUCAGAAAAUGCGAUAGUUAAAGCUCAUGAUUUUCUAUACCCUGCCGAUUUCCAUGUGAUUAAAAUGAGUGACAACGAAACUGCUGAGUCUAGUGGCGUACUUUUAGGAAGACCAUUUUUGAGGACCACUAAGACUAUAAUUGACGUUUUUGAUGGCACCAUCUGUUUAGAUUAUAAUGGGGAGAAAUUCACUUUUAGUAUUGAUGAAGCUAUGAGGAAACCACUUGACGUGGAAAACCUCCAUUUUGUUGAUGUGAUUAACCCCCUGGUCCAGGAGUUUCUUGAGACCGAACUAUUGUAG